AUGGGUGGCGGUCCCAAGAUCCCCUACCCCAAGCACGUCUGGUCGCCGGCUGGUGGUUGGUACGCCCAGCCGGCUAACUGGAAGCAGAACACCGCCAUCUUCGGCCUGGUAAUCUUUGGCAUUACCGCCAUGGUCUGGAAGUAUAGCGCCGAGCAUGAGGUUCGCCAUAAGAUGCCCGAGCCCGACCGGUUCUAUCCUAGCAGAUACUGGGUCAAACAGAUCAAAGACUACGAGCGGGCGCAAAAGGAGAAGCAGCAGAACAAUACCGAGGCGUCAUCAUAA